CGAGGCUGCGUGGCCGCAGGGCGGGCGGUGGGCGAGAGGGGCGCCCGGCUCGAGUCCCGCGUGCCUCGACGGCAUGGCUUCGCUGCUGGGCUCCUUCGCGUGGGCGGAGAGGCUGGACUGCUCCGCUCUGGAGUUGCCCGACGGGGGCAGCGGGACCCCAGCCUCCGCGGGGCCCCGGACGGAGAAGGGAAGCCCCGAAAGCCGCAUCCGACGCCCCAUGAACGCCUUCAUGGUGUGGGCCAAGGACGAGAGGAAGCGCCUCGCCGUCCAGAACCCGGAUCUGCACAACGCCGAGCUGAGCAAGAUGCUGGGCAAGUCCUGGAAGUCUUUAACCCCAUCCCAGAAAAGGCCUUAUGUUGAAGAGGCAGAAAGGCUGAGGGUUCAACACAUGCAAGAUUACCCCAACUACAAAUAUCGGCCCAGAAGAAAGAAGCAGGUCAAGCGGAUCUGUAAGCGGGUGGAGCCAGGCUUCCUUCUGGGUAGCCUCUCCAGGGACCAGGACCAUGUGCCUGAGAAGAGGGUGUGCAGCCGAGCACUGGGUGAGAAAGAUGGGCAGGCUGAAUAUUCAACUGCUUCAGUAAUACCAAACCUCAGGAGAUACCAGGAGGUCCAGAGCAGUAACACAGGUACUCCAAUGGACACCUAUCCAUAUGGGCUGCCUACUCCUCCUGAGAUGUCACCUUUGGAUGUGAUAGAUCCUGAGCAGAGUUUCUUCUCCUCCCCCUGUCCUGAAGACCCUCGCCGCCCCCACAUGUCUGGAGACACCUAUUCUCUGGAAUAUGCCACCAGUCCUCUCCAGUGUAACCACUCUCUGGGUCACAUGCCAGUCUCUCAGUCAACCUCCACUAUCCACUCUGCUUCCUCCAGUUGUGCAGCACCACCCACAGGAAAUUAUUACUCCCCAGCUUUCCCUCCUACUCUCCAAGCCCCCAGCCUCCACACACAUCUUGGCCAGCUCUCACCCCCCCCUGAGCAUCAGAACUUUGAUAGCCUGGAUCAGCUGAGUCAAGCAGACCUUCUAGAGGAGAUGGACCGCAACGAGUUUGAUCAGUAUCUCAGUGCCCCUGGACAUCCAGAGCCUAGUGGGCUAACCAUCAACGGACAUGUCCAGGUCUCGCAGACAGCAAGCAGCUCACACUCCUCUGAAACCAGUCUAAUUUCUGUCCUUGCAGAUGCAACAGCUACUUACUACAAUAAUUACAGCAUUUCUUAGGUCAGAGAGUGAGAUCUCCCCGGUGGACCAACCAAGCAGUUUACUGGACAGAAGGUUUCCCUUUCUCAGGGUUUCCCACUCUGAACUGAAAUAACUUUGGAGUUCACUUUCUAGGUAAUUACUCCAGUUUCCCAACAUUCUCUGUACCCAAUCUAACUACUGAGAAGCUGUCUUCAGAGGGGUCUUUGUAUCCCAAUUAAAAGGAUACAUCUCCACUGAUGCAUCAAGGCACCUUAGUGUGUUGACUUAGACUAAGAAUCCUUAUUCUUUCAUCAGACUAAAGGGCCCAGUCUGAGCUGGGAUAGCAUAAUAAUAAUAAUAAUAAUAAUAAUAAUAAUAAAAAAAAAUCUGGUCUACCCACAAAGGCAUGACAUCAGGAAAUACACAGGACCACUUAUGUAGUCCUUCAACCAAAGAUGCUCUUGAGUGCAUUCCCCAGAGAAACUGCUGCUAAGCAGACUCAGAUGAAUGGGAAGGGUGCAAAAGUUUAACUGUGUGCCUGUACAAAUUCAAUUCAUUAUGCGGGAUGUCUUUUCUCAAGUGUUUUUGCUCUUUGCACAAUUCCCAUUUGUUUCCAUGGACUUGCAUAGGAGAUUUUUCCCUGCCAAAGCUGAAGCAGAAUAUGUAACAAUAUCAAAAGUGGUACCACAGAGGCAUCAUUAUCCUUGGUGAAUGGGCCACUUAUCAUCUCAUCUUCCUGUUGCCUCUGGCCAAACAGAUUUUGUCUUAAAAUCAGUGAAAUAUGCUUAAAUGAGGGUAAUCAAAUAUAAGGAAAGUGGUGUCCCGCUCCUACCAACUCCUGCAGCUCCCAAAUUCUACAAGGGCCUCAUGCUGCAAACCACCUGGGUCCUAUCAUCCCUUUUCAGUUUGGCACACUUUGGCCAACUGAGCAUUGGCUAUGGCAGUAGGGCAAAAUGGGUCAAAGCAGGUGGGACUUUAUCAUAAUCAGUGGCAAAUGUGGCUGUGUAAUCUCAUCACGAAAUGUAGGUCUGAAGAAUUACAUGUGGCUUUGGACAACAGUUUGCUAAUGCCCAGUGUGGCCUCUUAAGUACCAUGUACAGUUAUCCAAUUUUUGGGAAGGGUCUACCAACCACAGUGUAUGUUGGGCUACCUUUCUGUCCUGUAAAAAAGAAAAAAAACAGCCUCAGUUUGGAUGUUCCCUUUGCUUCUUUCAGGAUCAUCUUUUCUCCUUGUCUGUGGAAGUGGAUGUAACAGAGGUUGGUACAGUGUUUGUGUUUGGGAACAACCAAGAGAGAAGCAUCAGAUGCAAAUAAUGUACAUUUGAGUAUGCAUUUCAAGUGUCAAAAUAGGCAAGGGGCAAGUGAAGUUCAUCUUAAUAACAUUUUAACAAGAGGUGUGCAAAACAUUUCAAGGUCAGAACUGGACAUUUCAGGGUGAGGAUGGUUUGCUUGUUUUAUAUGCUGUACCUUUAAUUCUAACUUAAAUGGAUCAAGGGAAUACUGGGUGGGGGAGAACAGGAGCCAGGCAUCUUCCAUAAUAAGCUGCUUUCCAAAUAAGUUGGCUGACAGCCAUCAUCACCCAAACUGGUUACAUAUGAGGGCUAGUAGUCUAACCGUUUGGAAAUGUGUUUUGGCCUCUCCAUGUUCUAAACUGACAACAAAGAAUGUCAAAGAAAUGGGUAAUCUAGAUGAGGCUAAUUAUUAAAAAUCCCUUCCUUGAUGCCCCUGCCUACAUCUGCUUUAUCCCCUCCAUGAAGCUGCUUUUGAAUUUAAAAGUCCAUGUACAAUGCUCUCCUCUGGUUUUUUGGCCUCUUGCAAGCUUAUGAACAACCUAUAAUUUAGAAAAAGCUGGUUCUGUUCUCAUCCUCUAAGGGUUAUUUUAUAAGUAGUGAGAAAUAUACAUUGUGGAAGAUGUUAUUGAUCCCCAGACUUAUUUUUGGCUUCAGAAAAGUAUAACAGCCAGUGCAGCAUUUCUAAAAAUGCAGUAAUUUUAAGUAAACCAAUCUUGAUGAUAUGGUGUCUUUAUUGGUAGGGACAAUUUCAGCCAUUGCAUUUAGCUCUCUAUUUAAUGCAAAACUGCAUCUUAAAACAUUCCUGACAAAUGGGAGCCUUGCCUCUUAUGAACAUGUCCAGUGAAGGGUGCCCACCGUUUCUCUGGGUAUUUGAUUCUACUACUGAACUUUUCUUAGUGUUAGGAAAUGUUUCCUUAUACAGGUAGUCCUCAUUUAGUAACUGCCUCAUACAGCAACCAUUUGCAGUUAUGAUGGUGAUGAAAAAGUAA